GUCCGAUAGGUGGCGACGGUUUGCACGACUGUGUCAAGAUGCACAGAGGAGCCGACCAUCGAAGAGGAGAUCUGCGUCCGCCGUUGAAUAUAGCAUCUCAGCUAAGACUGUUCCGUAAAUAAAGACUAGCGUAUAUAUUUUAGAUACACAGGCUACCCGUAUUUUUGUCAGUCCCUCACCAUGGCGACCGGUGCUGAUGUGAGGGAUAUUCUGGAGCUGGCAGGAGGAGACGAUUCAGGUCCCAUCAGCAAGAAGGACAUCAUCAACUCAGACAAGAAAAAAGCCAAGAAAGUGACAGAGACUUUAACCUUCAAGAGACCAGAAGGAAUGCACAGAGAAGUUUAUGCCUUGCUAUAUUCAGACAAAAAUCGGGAUGCCCCUCCCCUGUUACCGAGUGAUACUACUCAAGGCUACCGGACAGUGAAAGCAAAACUGGGCUGUAAGAAGGUGCGGCCCUGGAAGUGGAUGCCCUUUUCCAAUCCAGCCAGAAAAGAUGGAGCCAUCUUCCAUCACUGGAGACGUGCAGCAGAGGAAGGAAAGGACUACCCAUUUGCUCGCUUCAACAAGACUGUGCAGGUGCCUGUGUACUCAGAGCAGGAGUAUCAGAUGUAUCUUCAUGACGAUGGAUGGACGAAAGCUGAAACAGAUCACCUGUUCGACUUAUGCAAACGUUUUGACCUGCGGUUUAUUGUUAUCCAUGAUCGCUAUGAUCACCAACAGUAUAGAAAGCGAUCUGUGGAGGAUCUUAAGGAGCGUUAUUACAGCAUUUGUGGCAAACUGACAAAAGUUCGGGCAGGAACAGGGACAGAGCCUAAGAUCUUCAUAUUUGAUGCUGGUCAUGAAAGACGCAGGAAGGAGCAGCUCGAGAGACUUUUCAGCCGCACUCCAGAGCAGGUGGCAGAAGAGGAAUACCUGAUCCAGGAGCUGAGGAAGAUUGAGACGCGUAAGAAGGAGCGUGAAAAGAAGGCCCAGGACCUCCAGAAGCUCAUUACAGCCGCUGACACGACGACAGAGAUGCGCAGAGCUGAACGCAAAGCCACCAAGAAGAAGCUGCCGCAGAAACGAGAGAUGGAAAAACCUGCUGUUCCUGAAACCGCAGGCAUCAAAUUCCCAGACUUCAAAUCUGCUGGUGUUUCACUACGGAGUCAAAGAAUGAAGCUGCCCAGCUCAGUUGGACAGAAGAAAAUAAAAGCAAUUGAACAGAUCCUGACGGAGCAAGGAGUGGACCUCAACCCCAUGCCCACUGAGGAGAUUGUACAGAUGUUUAACGAACUCCGCAGCGACCUGGUCCUGGUGUAUGAGUUGAAGCAGGCCUGCAGUAACUGUGAGUACGAACAGCAGAUGUUGCGGCACCGCUAUGAUGCUCUGCUAAAAGCAGGGGGCGCCAUCACACCACAGAGCGAGAGCAGUGGAGCACCUGACAGUCAAUCCUGGCUUGGCGCUGAUGACAUUAAAACCGAAGCCAAAGAGCAGAUUAUUGAUGUGGUUGGAGCUCCACUAACUCCAAAUUCGCGCAAACGCAGAGAAUCUGCCUCGAGUUCCUCAUCUAUCAAGAAGGUGAAGAAACCGUGACAUAAAUGACUUUGUAAACUCAAUUGGACAUUUUUUGGAAGAGGAUAGAGAGGUUUGUGGAGCUCUCUUAAGUGAUUGCCUGCUUCAGGGUCAGAGGGUGAGGUUGUGGUUGUAGGUCAUCUGUUAUCUUCUCUUUUGAUGACCGCUCUCUCUGUUAAUGUAUUCAACACAAUGACUACCCUCUCUGUCCACCACCCCUCAGUCCCACCCGCUUCCCUCCUCUCUCCAUUCUCCAGACCAAACCUCUACCAUGACACAGACCACCCUUGACAACCUAUUCCAUUAUACCACCUCUUCUGUCCAACCAGGCAGCCCAAACCCAGAUGAACUAAAUUGGCAAAGAGAGCUAAUCGGAACAUGACAAGACGGAAGCAAGUAGACAGAAAAAAAGAAAAGUCUGCUUGUCUGUCUGAAAUGAACGUAUGCUGGACAGAUGGUAUGAGUGAAUCUGGAUCCUGUUGGGGAAUUUAUUGAAAGAGUGUUUGCUUUUUGGCUGCGUCUUGAAACAGCAGGCUCUGGAAAAAUAUCUCAUUUUUUGGAGGUGUCCCUGUCUAACUGGCGUCUUUACGUCUGCCAUCCUGAUUUGCCUGUUUUCACCUGCAAUCCUGCAUUUUCUCAGAAGAGCCAGAGUGUCACCCAUCUCAAAUAGAUGCUCUUGUAUGUUGAGCUCCUUACCUGUAAAAUGUCCUUGUGUUUAAUAAAUGUUUUUUU